UAUAAUAUUAUUAUUUUUUUAAACUAAAAAUGCUCAAGUUUCCGCCGACUACGCCGCAGGAUCUCAAGGUCGCCGCUUGCAUCGAACAAAAACGACGAAAUGAAGAAGCUAGAAAGCUGAGAAUUUUUGAUCCCCGUUGUCAAAUUAAGAUAGACAAAGAGUUCUUGGAUAAGCAAAUAGAAGAAAAAGAACGUCUGCGUCAGCAAGAACGAGAACGAGAAUGCCGGAUGGAUGAAGCUCUGGUCGUUAGCAGUAAGUUUGCAAUGAUGCUUGACAAGCGGGAAGAAGAGGAAAGGAAGAAGAUAAAUCGUAAUAUAAAUUCAUACCGCAAAAUCCAUCAACGUCCGCAGGAUCGCCGUGACUUUGAUCUUUAUGAUCCCGAUUAUUUAAAAAAAUCACUACCAGCACGUAUAGCCGAUGAUGAUCCGCGAAUUGGACCGUCGUCUGCUCAAAAAUUCGAGGGGGAAGAUCUCGAACGAUCUAAAAGACUGAAUAAACAUAAAGAGCAGAUGCAAUCUUGUCUUAUGCAGCAGGUGUAUGAGAAACAAAAAAAUAAAGAAAAAGAAAAAAACGCUGAUGUAUCUUUUCAACAGUUUAUUUUAUCUAGGGACAGGCGCGCAAUUGACCUUGGACGUAUGGAGGAAGAAUGUCGAAGAAAACUCAAUGAAGCUAAUGCACAAUUUAAUCGUGCCCUUGCUGAAGAACAAGAAUAUCGCAGUAAAUGUGAAGCAAUAAAAGAUGAGGAAGACAAACGUGCUGAAAUUUAUAAUAAUGUUACCGGUGAUUUCUUAACAGAAGCUCGUGAACAAGCAUUAAGUUAUUGUGGACCAAACAAAUUACUUGCUUGUCGUUAUAAGGGUAUGACAUCUGAUGAGAUUAAAUGUAUAUGGGAAGAACAAGCUCGGCAGAUGAAAGAAAUUCAGAAAAUGAAAGAAGAAGAAAGACAAAAAAACAUUGAAUGGGAUCGUUUGAUGAUCGGUAAUGCUCAAGCGGCCGAACUUUAUGAUCAAGAAUUGAAUCGUCAAAAAAUGGAAUUGCGAAAAAAAAUAGCUGAAGAAAAUUUACAUUUAUCACAACAGCAGAGAUCACAUCAAGAUUAUUUAAAUAAAAUGGUUUAUAAGUAUCAACAAGAACCAGAAUUUUUUAACAAAUUUAAUUCGUGUCCUCGAUAA